AUAAGCUCUAUUUGCACUACUGCUGAGUAUAUAAUGCUUAGCACUCAACCAGUAUGCAGUUGUACUCAAGAAUAGACCUCUCAGAGUACAGUACCAUUGCUUUUCUUUAAUUUAUUAUUGCCACUAUGAAGCUACUUGUAAUUAUUCUAGUCUGCUCCCAGCUGCAUCUCAAUGGGGCCCAUUCUGAAAUGCUUCCAACUUUUUGUGAUGACGGUUUAGUUGAAGCUGCUGUGGACGAGGCAAUCAAAACCUACAACAAAGAACUGGUGUCAGGCAAUCAGUUUGCACGCUACCAAAUUACUGAAGCCAAGAAAUCUGAAAAUGGCUCAGAGACAACCUACAAAGUCAACUUUCAUGUCAGAGAAUCCGACUGCCCAGUAGGGGGAGACAAAAUCUGGCUGGAAUGUGACUACCUACCGGAGGGUAAAGCUAAAAUGCGACCCUGCACAACUGAGGUAAAACAUUCUGGAGAAACCAACAAAGUUGUUUCAGUUACCUGUCAUGCCCUUGACGAGGAACGUAUUGUUGCUGAACGGGCCCCUUGUCUUGGAUGCCCUCGGGAAAUACCAACCAAUAACACUGAACUAAUGAAGGCUUUGCAACAUGCGCUAAAAAAAUUUAACAAUGAAAGCAACUCCCCCAAACUUUUUGUCAUUUCUGUGAUCAAGAAAGCUACAAUACAGGUGGUAGCUGGGUGGAAGUACAAUGCUUAUUUUGAGAUCCAGCAGAGCAAUUGUUCAAAAGCAGAGUUUGAGGAGAUAACACCUGAAUGUCAGCCAGAAAACUCAGUUGUCGGUAAUUGCAACGCUUCAAUUUAUGUUGUGCCAUGGAAACAAGAAGUACAUCCUGUUGUAAACUGUGAAACCGAGGAGAUACCGACUGUGCUUUUAAGGAUGCCCCCAGGCAUGUCUCCCUUCCGCGCUAUCGCUCUGAACGUCAGGGGAAAAAAAUCUUCUGAGGAAUCUAAGGAACACGUGACACAGAGUCCUGACAGUGUUCCGACAGACUGCAAACAUGCUAGUGGAGAAGAAUCCCAGGAACAGACAGCAGGAUCAGGCCCUAUAGGACCAGUUCCUGGGCCAGUCGUAAUUAAUCCUGAAAUGACGGGAGAACCAGUUAGACUACUGGAAUUACUUGGAGGGCCUGGACCUGUGGAUCUGCAUCACCUGUUCCACUGCCCCAGCAAGCCAUGGAAGUCUGUCGAUUCCCAUGUGGUUACUCAUGCCCCACAGCCCGAAUCAGUAACAGACGGACCCCCCACUGUAGUGACCGAGGACAAGUCUAAACAAAGUGGAACAUUCAGCGAUGCCGACCUGUUGGCAGGUCUGUAAAGAGUUUGUUCACACUUUGAAGCUUUGUCUCAGUGUCUUGUGUAGCUGGAAUUUAGUUUGCUACUCAUUUUGGAACCUAAACAUACAUUUAAAUUUGUGUUUGAUGCCAACUGAUGUCAUUUAUUCAAUAGAAGCCCGAUUUCACAAUCCUCGUUAAUUAAUGAAACUUAAAUAUUUCUUAAGUGCCUUUGUUGUGAAGGAUGUAAAUAAACUAUACCCAACAGAUUUAUCAUGCUUGAUUACCUUGAUCUUUUGUUCUGUAUGAACCACCAGAGGUUGUAUCAGCAAAUCUUUCAUAUCUUUUGGUAAAUCUGUACAGUUACAGAAGGCUUCUGGCAAUUGAACACAAUUGCAUGUUUUACCACUCGAAUUUGUGUUAAAAAAGACAAAUUGUGCAUUUUUACAGAAGGUUGCAAAGUCUUAUUAAAAGGUGUACUGCUCUGUACCCUUUUUUAAAAUGUAUGUUAAUGUUGAAAAGAGUGUCACUUCUUAAUAAAAUGGUCUUUAAAACAA